GAAUAACAAGACACCCAAACGCCCCCUCACCCAACAUGGGUACAACUGAAAUUUAUCAAACUGACCAACAAAGGCCAUUAAAGUGCAAAAAGCAAACUGUUGGGGUCGUUUCUGCAAAAUACAACUGAACUGAGUCUAUAUAUACUUUACAAGAGUUCAGGUGCACUCUACCUCUCACAUCAUUCACGAAUCGCCUUCAGCUUUUUGAUUUUGAAGGAGACAGCAACACUAGGAUUUCGAUUACUCGGCGCGAGAAUGGUAAUGCAUUUCCGUCAUGCUUCUUCUUCUUCUUCUCCGAUAUUCUGUGUUUGAAUUUGAAUGUUGAGUUGCAUGGAGAUGUGUGUACAGUUGUUCCUCUCGGUUUUCAAGGAUUUAGUGGGUAGUGAAGUGACGGUGGAAUUGAAGGACGAUUUAGCGGUGAGAGGAACUCUGCAUGCGGUGGAUCAGUUUCUUAACUUCAAGCUUGUAAACGUCAGGGUCGUUGAUCCAGAUAAGCAUCCUCAUAUGUUUUCUGUACAGAAUUGCUUCAUCAGGGGAUCUGCAGUCAGGUACGUCCAGUUGCCACCUAAUGAAGUUGAUGUAGAACUUCUUCAAGAUGCCACCAGAAGAGAAGCUCGAAGCAGCUAAGUCUCUCUCCCUCUCCUACCCGUGUGUUAUGAGUGCAAAAGUGAUUAAUUCUUCAUUGACAAAUUUGGCCAUUGUGUUUCUAUAUUCCCAGGAAAGACGUGCUUGAACA